UUAUAAAAGAGGGUUUUUAUCCUAAUAAAACACUUUUAAAGUUCACUAAAAGACCCAAAAGCUUUCCUUUACUUGACGAAUAUGAAGUUAUAAUAAAAUGGGAAAGAGAAAAAUCAAAUACCGUCAAAUAUUUUAUACAUUACAAAAAUUCUAAACCAGUUUUUAGAAUAUACUAUGGUGAUAAUUUUGACCAAAUGUUAGAAACAACACAAUCAUGUACAAAUGAAGCAACACAAAUACAAAAGAUUCUUCAUCCUGAUAACAAUUCUUUAAUAUCAGGUAUAUUAUUAUUUAGUGUCCAACUUCAAGUUCUAAAAACUGCUCAUGAAAAAAGAAUAAUUAAAUUAAAACCUUAUGAAAAUCUUAGUAAUUAUUGUUAUAAUUCUGAAGAUGAAUUGACUUUAAAUUCAAUAAAAUUUAGCGUUAGCAUUCAAAAAGAUUUUUAUCAAAUUGAUUUUAGUGAAGUAGAUAAAAAAGAAAUCAAACUAAAGCAUGCUCUUACAGUUAAAGCUAUUGAUCAAAAACAAAUAUCUCAAGAUGGUUAUAGAACAAUCAUAUCUUUAUCUAAUAAUCUUAUUAAAGAAUGGGCAAUAUCAGAAGAAAAGGUAAUCAUUAAUAAAGAAAUGCAAGAAAAAAUUCCAAUUUCUAUUAUCAAAUUAGAUAAUAAUUAUUCUACUGAAUCUUUUAAAAUACAUCAAUGA